UUUCAUGGCUUUGAAUAAGAAACGUGGGAUUGAAUGACGCACAUCAAACUGGAUUAUGUAUUACUGGCGUGUAACUUUGCUGUUCAUUUAUUGUUCCACAGUCCGGUCCCGUAGGUGGUGGUAAUGUACCUUUACGGUAGUUGUCAACCACCAACAAUAACAGAAGAAGAAAAGAAGAAGAAGACUUGAACAGAGAGCGGAUAUCUCCCUGCAGAGCCGCAUAUUACCUCUGGGAUCCCAUCUGAAACGUCAGAAGGUCAGAUUUGUGGAGCCAAGACUAAAACUUUUCCUUCAGACGGAUUGUCCCACCUGUCUGCUUAAUCUGAAGUCACAGAAAACUGAAAAAUUGAUGCAUCAGGAUGAGUUUCUCCAUCCUCAACUCUCCUCCCCCAUCUCCCAGCCCCAUUCCCGUCCCCCUCCCUUCUCCCUCCUGUGUGGCGCACUGCCCUGAACUCGACCUGUCAGUCACUCUUAGCCCUGCCUCAAAGACUGACCGCAUGCAACAGAAUCCCCGUCAGCCAAAGCAGAGUCAACAGAGGGCCCAACCCCAGCCGAGGCCCCGCCCGCGAGGACAGGCUGGGAAAAAGAGGAAAACAAAGGUGCAUUUUGAAGAGCCGGUGGCUGUCACAGUGACACCCGAACCACAUAUUGUUCCUCAUCAGCAGCCUAUUAAAGGUCAAAGAAGAAGUUCAGGACAUCACCAUGUUGGAAGAUGUUCUGUGGAUACUCCUCCUGCAGCAUUUGUCCAGGACCCAUGCUGUCUGGAGAAUGCAGAACUUAACUCCACCCUGGCCCUCAAGGUGGAGCUUCAGUCACUGCAGGAGACAGAGUUUAAUUCCCAGAAAGCCCUUCAGGAGACUCUACAGAAAUCAGAGAGAACGAAGACCCUGAUUAAUGCCAGAGCUACUGAAGUGGUGAAUGUCUCUCGCUCUCAGCACCUCUUUAACUCUCUGGUUAGCGUCAACGUGCAGGAGGAUGAGUUGCUCAGCCAGGUGCUGCAGGCCAGGCUGAUGCUGGCCCCACCACCUUCCUGCUGCUAUGACAACAACACAGCAGAGGGCCCCACCCUCAAGUUUUUCACCCCCCCUGACCUGUUCAGGCAGACGCCCAUCCCACAAGAGGAGGAGCCAGCUCUGUGCAAACCUUCUCCAGUAGCAUGCACCGCUUACUCCACCUUUGACCUAUACAGAAGACAGAGAUGCUGGGAGGCCACACCAUGACAAACACAUCAGAGAUUUUCAUUCGUUUCUUUAAUGGAGAUUAGUUUGCCCUUAAAGUAUUUACAUAUUUAUUCUUUAUGUUGUCUCAGAGGGGUCUGGUAGGAUUUUCAGUCCUGCAGUUAGCCUCGGGGCCAAUCAGUUCUGAUUAUAGUUAUUUAUUAUUAAAACAAGAAAUUCAGCAAGUACUGAACAUGGAACAAUUAUGCAGAUGGUUUGCUCAACACAUCUUUGCCACAUAUUCCAAGAGUAUGAAGACCUCAUUUUUGGAUUAGCAGCUGCAGGCACAUGAUAAACAGUGGGUUAAGAGGUGGAGAUGGGAUGUUACAUAAGAACUGUGUGCUGUAAUUAUUUGUAAUAUUCUGUGUUGAAGGAUUUAAGAUUAGUUUUUUGAUGUCUAUAGAAGGCUCAUUAACACAAGGUCUAAAGAAGGGUUGUGGUAUUUCUAAACUAUUCUCAUUAUGUACAUUUAACUGUUUUUCUAGUGUUAAAUCUAAUAAAAUAAAUUUUAAGAUAAGACAA